AGACACACAACAGUGAAGAAAAAGACAAAAGAGAGAGGAAAAUGGAGAGCGACGAAGCAGCAGCAGCGUCUCCUCAAGCAACGACGCCGAGCGGAGGAACCGGAGCUUCUCUGCCGAAGAAGAGAGGCCGGAAACCUAAAAACAAGGACGAUUCUCAGACGCCGUCGUCGCAGCAACCGAGCGGUGGCAAAAUGAAGGAAAGCGGGAAGAAAACACCGCAGCAGCCGAGUGUCGACGAGAAGUACUCUCAGUGGAAAGGUCUCGUCCCCAUUCUCUAUGACUGGCUCGCCAAUCAUAACCUCGUCUGGCCUUCUCUCUCUUGCAGAUGGGGUCCUCAGCUUGAACAAGCAACCUACAAGAAUCGCCAGCGUCUGUAUCUCUCAGAGCAAACUGAUGGCAGUGUGCCCAAUACUCUGGUCAUAGCGAAUUGCGAAGUUGUUAAGCCAAGGGUUGCUGCAGCGGAGCACAUUUCUCAGUUCAAUGAAGAAGCACGUUCUCCAUUUGUGAAGAAGUACAAGACCAUCAUUCACCCGGGAGAGGUUAACAGAAUCAGGGAACUCCCACAGAAUAGUAAGAUUGUUGCUACUCACACCGACAGUCCUGAUGUUCUUAUUUGGGAUGUUGAAACCCAACCAAACCGUCAUGCUGUGCUUGGAGCUGCAAAUUCCCGACCGGAUUUGAUACUAACUGGACACCAAGAUAAUGCUGAAUUUGCUCUUGCUAUGUGCCCAACAGAACCCUUUGUGCUCUCUGGAGGCAAGGACAAGUCAGUUGUUUUAUGGAGUAUCCAGGACCACAUCACAACUGCUGGGACUUCCGGAUCUAUCCUCAAACAGACUGGUGAAGGUAGUGAUAAGAAUGAGAGCCCCACUGUUGGCCCCCGAGGUGUAUAUCAUGGCCAUGAAGAUACAGUUGAAGAUGUGGCAUUCAGCCCGACGAGUGCACAAGAAUUCUGCAGUGUUGGUGAUGAUUCUUGCCUUAUACUAUGGGAUGCAAGGACUGGCACAAACCCUGUUACAAAGGUUGCAAAGGCGCAUGAUGCUGAUCUUCAUUGUGUCGAUUGGAAUCCUCAUGACGACAAUCUGAUCCUGACAGGGUCAGCAGACAACACUGUCCGGUUGUUUGAUCGUAGAAACCUUACCUCAAAUGGGAUCGGUUCGCCUAUUUACAAGUUUGAGGGCCACAAAGCUGCUGUUCUUUGUGUUCAGUGGUCUCCUGAUAAGUCAUCUGUUUUUGGGAGUUCCGCAGAAGAUGGUCUUUUGAACAUCUGGGAUUAUGACAGGGUCAGUAAGAAGUCUGAUCGUGCAGCUAAAAGCCCUGCUGGACUCUUCUUCCAGCAUGCUGGUCACAGGGACAAAGUUGUCGAUUUCCACUGGAAUUUGUCGGACCCUUGGACCAUUGUCAGUGUUUCUGAUGACUGUGAGACAACUGGUGGAGGUGGAACAUUGCAGAUAUGGCGGAUGAGUGACUUGAUUUACAGACCAGAAGAGGAAGUCCUGACGGAAUUGGAGAAGUUCAAGUCGCAUGUAAUGACUUGUGCCUCCAAGCCUUGAGAGUAAAGAAAUAAGCACCGUUGUCUAUCUAUCUAUCUAUCGACAAUGGUAAACUAAUGCGGUUUAGAUGUCGGUUUAGCGAGGAGUCUUGUGUUUUUGAAAACGCUGGUUUGUCUUUGGAGAUAUUAGUAGCUUUUAGGAUUUCCAAAUUAUUUAGGGGUACAUGAUUUUGGUUCUUGAUCAUGUAUCAUCAGACUCUUAGGUUCUGGCUUACUGAGAUGUUAAUCGAAUCGGACCAAUGCUUUAAAGUUUCCAAUGCUUGGCCUGAACCUAACGAUUCCUUCUCUGAAGCCAGACCAGACCAACAAAAUUGUGUUGCAUCGUGCCUGCUAGUAAAGUAAAAUAACGGUUUUCUCU